CGGAGGCUUCAAUAUCUAUCAACUUAGCAGUCUACAAAUUCAAUUUAGUCUUGUAUACGCAAACACAAACAGUAUAAGGAUCUUUAAGAUGGCUCAACUGACAAAUGCUCCUCCACCCAUCUACGAUGAGGUCAAAGAAAAGCGCGCUGAAACCGUGGCUCAACAACCACCCCAACAACCGACUCAACAACCGCUCCCCUCUGGACAGGUUUUCUACUCUGCACAGCAGCCGCAGGUGGUCCCCGGCACUGUUUAUCAAAUGCCCUACCAAAUCCCUCAAAUGUAUCAGCAGGUUGAGGCUGCAAUGGGCAAGCCCCCUUACCCUGGUCCCAGUGAUUACUUCAUUUUGAGCCUGGUUACCAUGAUCAUGUGUGGAUUACUCAACAUCACCUCUCUCACGAUUGGCAUUCCAGGACUUGUGUUUGCAAGCUUGAGCAACCACAAUCGCACAGCCAACAAGAACUACCACAAUGCCAAGAGGUACUCCAACUAUGCCCUGGGGCUGGUCUUAGCCAACAUCAUCUACACCCUCCUGUUGGGUGUCAUUUUGACUGGAGUUGCCGUGGGGAUUGGCUCUCGCUGCUACAAUUGCUAUAAUUACUACUACGGCUGAUAAUUUCUGAGAACACUAUACUUAUAUGAAACUGAAAGGAACAGAAUUAAGUAGUAGAGUAAACAAAAUUGUAUAGAGUGUAUAGCUUUUAGCUUUUAGUGUAUCAUUACAUGGUGCAUUUGUACAAGCAUAAGGCCACUCCAAGUGAUACUCUGGUUUCUGGUCCACCGCCCGCAUCAGAUUUUAUUCUUGGAUUUCUA